CUCGCCCCGCCGCCGCACUACCAUGUUUGACGGCUGCCUCCUGCCCCUCGUCGUGCCCUGCCUGCUGCUCUGCGGACUGGACGCCGGCACAGCUGGCGGAGCGGAGCUGGAAGUGGUGAUUCCGGAGCGAGUGCCGCUGGAGAAGAUCCACCUGCUGCCGCCCGGAGGGGAUCGCGCCGGCCCCCGGCGCCGGCGGGCAGCGGCGGAGCAGGAGGAGGAGGAGGAGGCUGUCCUGCUCCGCCUGCCCGCCGCCGGCGCCGAGCUGUACCUGCACCUCCGCCGCGACCUGCGCUUCCUGGCCCGGGGCUUCGCGGUGGAGCGGCGGCGCGGGGAGGCGCGGCGGCCCCCGCGGGAGCGGCUCUGCUUCUACUCGGGACACGCUCUGAACCGCAGCGACUCCUUCGCCUCCCUCAGCACCUGCGCCGGGCUGGUUGGCUACAUCCAGCUUGGAUCAGAGCAGCUGCUGAUCCAACCUGUGAAUGCAUCUGAGACCUCAUUCAGUGGGAAGGAACAUUUCAUCAGGAGGAGACGAUCCACAAAACCCGGCCAUCCCACCAAGCCACAGGGCCCUGAGGAGCACUGCAAAGUUGUAGCAGAAAAGAAGAGACAGAAGAAAGUGAAGUCCACGAGUGACUGGCGGGAGAGGAGGAACGCGAUUCGCCUGACCAGCGAGUACACGGUGGAGACACUGGUGGUGGCAGAUGCUGACAUGGUGCAGUACCACGGAGCAGAGGCUGCCCAGAGGUUCAUCCUCACAGUUAUGAAUAUGGUGUACAACAUGUUCCAGCAUCAAAGCCUGGGAAUUAAAGUCAACAUUCGAGUGACCAAACUAGUCCUGCUUCACAAUCGCCCUGCAAAGUUGUCUAUUGGGCAUCAUGGAGAGAGAUCUCUGGAGAGCUUCUGUCAGUGGCAAAAUGAAGAAUAUGGUGGGGCAAAAUACCUUGGUAACAACCAGGUUCCUGGUGCCAGGGAUGACACCCCUCCUGUGGAUGCUGCUGUUUUUGUGACCAGGACAGAUUUCUGCGUGCACAAAGACGAGCCUUGUGACACUGUGGGAAUUGCUUACCUAGGAGGUGUCUGCAGUGCCAAGAGAAAAUGUGUUCUUGCUGAAGACAACGGUCUCAAUCUGGCAUUCACAAUUGCACAUGAACUUGGGCACAACAUGGGAAUGAGCCACGAUGACGAUCAUCAGCCCUGUGCUGGGAGGUCUCACAUUAUGUCUGGAGAAUGGGUGAAGGGCAGGAACCCAAGUGACCUUUCCUGGUCUUCGUGCAGCCGAGACGACCUUGAGAACUUCCUAAAGUCCAAGGUGAGCACCUGUCUGCUGGUGACAGACCCCCGGAGCCAAUAUUCCGUGCGGCUCCCUCACAAACUGCCGGGCAUGCACUACAGCGCCGACGAGCAGUGCCAGAUCCUUUUCGGCACCAACGCCACCUUCUGUAAAGAUAUGGAGCAUUUGAUGUGUGCUGGGCUCUGGUGCCUGGUGGAAGGAGACACAUCCUGUAAAACAAAGUUGGACCCCCCUCUGGAUGGCACCGAAUGUGGCGCAGACAAGUGGUGCCGAGCUGGGGAGUGUGUCAGUAAAACCCCCAUCCCUGAGCACGUGGACGGGGACUGGAGCGUGUGGAGCCAGUGGAGCAUGUGCAGCCGGACGUGCGGAACCGGGGUGCGCUUCAGGCAGCGGAAAUGUGACAACCCCCCCCCAGGGCCAGGUGGGAAGAACUGUCGGGGGGCCAGCGUGGAGCACACGGUGUGUGAGAACCUGCCCUGCCCCAAAGGGGUGCCCAGCUUCAGGGACCAGCAGUGCCAGGCCCAUGACAGGUACAGCAACAAGAAGAAAAGCCUCCUGACAGCUGUCAUCGUGGAUGAUAAGCCAUGUGAGCUUUUCUGCUCCCCACUGGGCAAGGAUUCUCCGGUGCUGGUGACAGACAGAGUCCUGGAUGGAACUCCCUGUGGGCCUUACGAGACAGACCUCUGUGUACAUGGCAAGUGCCAGAAAAUUGGAUGUGAUGGGAUCAUUGGCUCAGCUGCCAAAGAGGAUCGCUGUGGGAUCUGCAGUGGCGAUGGGAAAACCUGCAAAGUGGUGAAAGGAGACUUCAACCACACCAAGGGCAUGGUAACCAAUAGUCAUUGUAAGAAGGUUUCCACAUGUGUGAUGGCAAAGGCAAAGGCUGUUCCCAAGUGUUUCUCGUGUUACAUCGAAGCCGCUGUGAUCCCUGCGGGUGCCCGGCGGAUCAGAGUGGUUGAGGAUAAACCUGCUCACAGCUUUCUGGCUUUAAAAGAUUCCAGUAAGAGAUCCAUUAACAGCGACUGGAAAAUUGAGCUUCCUGGUGAGUUUCAGAUCGCAGGCACCACUGUCCGGUACGUGCGAAGGGGGCUGUGGGAGAAAAUCUCUGCCAAAGGACCAACUAAAAUACCACUGCACUUGAUGGUGCUGUUAUUCCAUGACCAGAAUUAUGGAAUUCAUUAUGAAUACACCAUCCCUGUAAACUAUACUGCUGAAAACAGAAGCGAGCCAGAAAAGCAACAGGAUUCCUUGUACAUCUGGACGCACAGCGGAUGGGAAGGAUGCAGUGUGCAGUGUGGAGGAGGUGAGCGGAAAACCAUCGUGUCCUGCACUCGGAUCGUUAACAAGACCAUGACACUGGUGAAUGACAGUGACUGCCAGCGAGUGACCCGCCCCGAGCCCCAGGUCAGGAAAUGUAACACACACCCCUGCCAGUCACGGUGGGUGACUGGCCACUGGAGCCCCUGCUCUGCCACUUGUGAGAAGGGUGUGCAGCACCGGGAGGUCACUUGUGUUUAUCAGCUGCAGAAUGGCACCUAUGUCAACACCAGGGAUCUCUACUGCCUGGGCAACAAACCAGCCACGGUGCAGAGCUGUGAGGGAAGGGACUGCCUGUCCAUCUGGGAAGCAUCAGAGUGGUCAAAGUGCUCAGCAGACUGUGGCAGAGGAAUUCAGAAAAGAACAGUGACAUGCACAAACUCCCAAGGCAAAUGUGAUGCAGCCACCAGGCCGAGAGAAGAGGAAGAGUGUGAGGAUCACACAGGCUGUUACGAGUGGAAAACAGGAGACUGGUCCAAGUGCUCCUCGACGUGCGGCAAGGGGCUGCAGUCGCGCGUGGUGCAGUGCAUGCACAAAGUGACCGGGCGCCACGGCAGCGAGUGCCCGGCCCUGGCCAAGCCCCCAGCCUACAGGCAGUGCCACCAGGAGGUCUGCAACGACAAGAUCAACGUCAACACCAUCACCUCACCCAGGCUCGCUGCCCUCACCUACAAGUGCACGGGGGACCAGUGGACAGUGUACUGCAGGGUGAUCCGCGAGAAGAACCUGUGCCAGGACAUGCGGUGGUACCAGCGCUGCUGCCAGACAUGCAGAGACUUUUAUGCAAACAAGAUGCAGCAGAAGAGUUAAUGAACUGUGCCACUCCUUAGAGUCUUCCAGCUGUUUGUAUGUAAAUCACAGACUAGUAGGUCUGAGUACUGGAACUUCAUGAGUUGCUACAGCGUGGUGGAUCCCAAAGCACACCUAAUGAGACUUGAAACUAAUCCUACAGACUGGAUACCAAAGUCAUCCGCUCAUCCACCUUAAAAAAACACACAGAAAGGGUCAUCUCAAGGAGCCAAUCAUUUCUGAAUAUUUUGACAUCCUCACAUUUUUCAUUAUUGCUUUUUUAAUAUAUUAAAUCACCAGCCACUGGAUGGCUUGCUACCAUUAAAGGAAAGGACAAGCGUUGCAAAGUGAUUACAUUGGAUAAGGUUAUGGGUACCUCCAUGGAGGAAAGCCUCUGGCAAAAUAAUUCAGCAAAGGUAGAGACAUUACUUAAUCUUUUAAUCUUGGCUUUUAUCUGUUGUUUUCAAUUCCCAGCAGUUAUCCCACUGCAGAAUGGGCUUGGAGGGACAUGCAUAAAUGAAGGGCUUAGUUUAAAGAGAGGAUUUUCUGUAAAAGCUUGUGAAAACUGAUAGCAGAGGAUGGACAUCUCUGAAUUUCCUACAGAAAACUCAGUAUAAUUAUAUCCAACAUUCCAAGUCAUAUUUUUAGAGCCACUAAUAGGGAGUGCUUUUCCUUCUAAUUCUAAAAAACAAUCCUCUCUAUCUUUUCCCCAGAAUAAUUGAGUUUCUUUUAUGAAACCUAAUUUUUCUCUGAGCAUAAUGAAAUGGAAGCUUAUUAACAGCCGUAGAUAGUUACUUUUAAACAAGAACCAUUUACACAAGAUGGGAGAAGCCAGAAAUCAUUUCAUCCAGUAGAGCUCACUGAGGGAUUGCUUGGCCUAAGCUCUCUCCAAUUUCUAGAAGUCAAUCAGAUGAGACUGUUGGUUCUUAUAAGAGGACUGUGAAACUGCAUAGGGUUGGAACAGAAACUGAAUUUGGAACAAUCUUUAUGAAAAGGAUGUAGUGGGGAGCAGAACAGGUGUUUCCUAUCUCUGGGCUCUUUUAUACAGCUGAGGUUAUGUAGCUUUUGGAGUAACCAGAAGUAGCCAGGGAUCCAAGACAUUCAAAGUGUAACCUGGAGCUUGUGGGAAGCCAGAGGACUCAGACUUCCAUUGCUUCCAGGGCUUGGGAAAUUCCUCUCUGUCUUUGGAUGCUCCCUGUCUCGCUUCUGUGGUGC